AUGGAUGUUCCUUUACCCUCUACACGAGAAUUAGAGCUGGAAAUGCUGUUACGGGAGAAGGAAGGGCAGGAUGAAGUUUCUCGUUUGAGACUGUACCUCUCGACUCAACCACCUCCAUCGACGACUGAACCUGUCACACUUCCGCCGACGUUUGCUUCGUUGAUACUCCCGCAUAUCUCACAUCUUCCACAAACGUCAGAUGCAGCGGAAAUCUCCAACAAUACGACUACAGCUGCCUUGACGCAGCGAGUAAGGGUACUGCAAGACGAGAAUGACGAAUUGUAUGGUAUUCUGAAGAGAGGAGAGACCGGAAGGCUGAAGGAGGAAGUCCAGAGCUUGAAGCGAAUCGUACACAAGCUAGAGGGUGCAUUGAGAGAAUCACAUCAGGUCAUUGUCACGCUAUCUAACGAACUCGAUAAAUCUUAUCAGGCUUUUGCCUCUUCUUCAAUCAAUCGUACCGCCUCCCCGCAAAAUCAUUAUCAUAAUAAUGGUAUCAAACCACAUCCACGUUCUCACUCGAACACCGGAGGCCGCCUUCCGCCUACUGGCCCUCGCGCGCACUCGCACGUACACAAAAAGCAGCGCCUGUCGCUGGCAGACCAGGAUCAACAUCAGGACGAGAUGUCACCCUCCAUGAGGUCCAACGUUUCCUUACCCUCGUCCGCUCAUCAUCCUGGGAACAAUGGACGAAGAGGCCGAUCAAGAUCAAGGUCGAGGUCUCCGCGGGGCAAAUCAAAUGUGAAGAUGGAAAUUGAUGAAGUUCAGGAUGAACCUCCACGAGGGUCUCCGCAGAGAAAUCGCGAUCGAGAGCGGUGGGACAGAGAUAGAGAGAGGGGCGAUAGAGGCGAUAGAGAAAGAGGUGGCGAUCGGGAUCGUGGCCGGGACCGCGACAGAGAUGGGAACAGGUCCAGGCGAAAUGGUGGAGGAGGCCGAGGAGGUUCCCGACGAGGCGGAGGUGAACGCGGAGACAAAGGUUCAUAUUCUCUCUACAACGCCAGUUCUAAUUUUGUUGGAAGCCAAGGUAACAGCGGGAGUGGAGAUCGGACCUUGGCAGAAAGAAUGGGCUUAGGGGUCUGA